GUCCACUGUGCGCAGGCGCAGAGCGCGUUGCCUGACAGUGGUAAACAGACGUCAGAAGGGUGUCUUCGCCUCGAGUCAAAACAAAACAAAACAAAACAAGUCAAAAAGAUAGUGAAGGAGUGGAUAUUUGGACAACCACGGCGACGGGAACUUUUACAAAAGUCACUGCUGAAUAGAGACGGCCACUUGAAGGACUAUCGGAGGCUGAGUGGAAGUUCAGAGGACCACCAUGGAGGAGUCGUCGGUGCCCCCGAUUGACCCAGAUUUCGAGCCGCAGACCAGACCUCGCUCCUGCACGUGGCCCCUGCCGAGACCCGACAUCUCGGCGGUGAAGCCGGAGGGCGCGGACGGCCCCGAGUCCGCCGCUGGGACUCCGCCCGCCGACGAGGACAAGCCCGAGCCACAGCAAAUCACAUCCGAGCCCGAGAAGGCUGCAGGGGCGGCGGCGGGCGACGGUGCGAUCGUGGCCGGCGUGGGCGGAGCCGGCGCGACGCCCCGCAAAGGAUCAUCCCGGCGCAACGCGUGGGGGAACCAGAGCUACGCUGAUCUGAUUAGCCAGGCCAUCGAGAACUCACCUGAGAAGAGGCUGACCCUGGCUCAGAUCUACGAGUGGAUGGUGAAAACAGUGCCUUACUUCAGAGACAAAGGAGACAGCAACAGCUCAGCUGGCUGGAAGAACUCAAUUCGCCACAAUUUAUCACUCCACAACAAGUUCCUGAGGGUACACAAUGAAUCAACAGGCAAGAGCUCCUGGUGGAUGCUCAACCCGGAGGGAGGGAAGACCGGCAAAGCUCCUCGCCGCCGCGCCGCCUCCAUGGAUAACAGCAGCAAACUGCUGAAGAGCCGCAUGAGGGCCAAGCAGACCAAGAAGCAGGCGGGAGCAGCCGGCCUGGGUGGCGCUGGAGGGGCGCUGCAGGGGGACGGCGGCACAGGUUCAGGAGGCGCAGACAGUCCAAAUUCGUCCCAGCAGUUCCCCAAGUGGGGGGUUAACAGCAGCAGCCCCUCGUCCCGUGGCAGCCUGGAUGACGCCGACAUGUGGACCACCUUCCGCCCACGCGCAAGCUCCGAUGCCAGCACCCUCAGCGGGCGUCUGUCCCCCAUUGCUCCUGGACAGGAGGACGACGAUAACUUGCCUGAGGACUCAAUGCUGGCGAGAUACACUGCCAGCAGCUUGACCCCCACCCUCACCGAGACCCUCAUGGAGGAGCUGGAUCUGAUCGAUGGCCUCACAUUGAUGACUGGGCAGCAGGGAGGGGCCAGUCCCAGUACAGCCCCACCAGCACCUCCCACUCCACUGCCCUCCGCCUCCACCCUGCUGCCUCGGGGUUCCAGCUUCUCCUCCUUCCAUCAGCUGCAGCCAUCCAGCAUCCCGCAGGCCCCGACUCACACCGGGACCCAGGCCUCCAUCUCUCAGUGUGGACCCAGCAGCAAAGAGCCGUCAACUUUCAGCAACUCCCUUUUCAACCCCAUGUCCAGUCCUGGCUCUCGUGGGAGCGGCCAUUAUAGCACCCACGUGCCUUCCAGCCUGGAGGCACUGCUCACCUCUGACUCCCCUCCUCCGAGCGAUGUCAUGAUGACUCAGGUGGAUCCCCUCAUGCCUAAUCCUGGAGGGGUGGGCCUGAUGGGCAUUGGUACGUCCGUGGUGGGCGUGAGGUCCAAACCCAAUCAGCUACUGUUGGGUAAAGGACUUGAGCCGAACACGGUGGCCCCCAUGGCGCUGCAGGCUCAGAUGCAGCCGCAGCAGCAGCAGCAGCAGCAUCACCUCCGCCACCAGCAGCAGCCGCACCAGCAGCAACAACAGCCACAACAACAACAACACCAGCAUCACUCUCAGAUGGGGUUGGGGAUGAUCCUCUCAGGUAUGCCUCAGGACCCAUCUCAACUCUCUGCUCUCAAAGUCCAACAUCCCACGGUGCCAGCUGUGGGCUCUCAUCACGGCGGGCCUGUCACCUCAGCCAAUCCCGGCGUGAGUGUGCAGGGGAUGAGCCCGUUCGGCGCACCGUCCUGCUUCCCGACCGGUCAGGACCGAUUGCCCACAGACUUGGACAUAGACAUGUUCACUGAAAACCUGGAUUGUGACGUGGAUUACAUCAUCAAGAGUGACCUCAUGGACGGUGAAGGCAUGGACUACUUUGAUAACUUUGACACCAUACUGCCUGGAAGCCAAAGCUACGCAGGUCCGGCCACCACACAGGGCUCCGCUCACAGCUGGGUGCCCAGCUAAGUCCUCAGCUGACCACACAGAGUUAGCCAGGAUCAGGAUCCAAUCAAGAUAACCUCACAAAACGACAGAGCGACCGGUGCAUUCCUCCUCUCUGCUGGCUGGAGGUCCUAUUUUCAGAUUCGAUGCUCCUCUUGGACUUUAAAGACAGUAUCAGACCUCACAUGUCAUGUGCCAAGACAUGCAGAGGCCAGGGAGGAGAUUUCAGGCUACUAUGCACAAUUUUUUUUCUC